AUGGCUAGAAACUAUUAUCGCCUAUUACGACGUAAAAUGGUUUCAUACAUUUUAAAUCAUUGGCUAUUAGUUGAUCCAUCUGGCCGUCUAAUUAGAUCAAUGUAUCUGGUGAAUCUGAUUGGCUAUAAUUCGAUUGAAAAUAUUCACCGUUGUCAUUAUGAUCGAAAACGUUUAAAACGAAUAAUUUUCUGCAUAUUUUUCAUACAAACAAUUUUCUUGAUUCGUUUAACAGCGACGAUUGUAUUACCAUUCGAUUUUAUAGCCACAACUAUAUUGCCAUUAUUUGGUUCGCAACCAAAUUAUCGUAUAUAUUCAUUUGCUAUACUCGUUCUUGUCAUUUAUUCAUUCGGUACUAUUGCAUCACAAUUUUAUAUCCAGAUGAUUGUAUGGUGGAAAUUACAAUAUCGCCGGCUUUAUAGACACUUCAUAAUGAAACGAAUGGAUUAUUAUCGAAUAUUUCGUAAUCGUAUGGUCUUUAGAAAGGAUUCAUUCAUCUUCCAUCGACAAUUGACAUUAAUUAAUCAACAAAUUAUGCAAGUUUCGCUGCAAACAUCAACGAUUAUCUAUACAUUUUAUUCAUUAUUUACAAUUACGUUGAAUUUAGUAUUUUAUCUAUUAGUCGAUUGCCAAAUGGAUUCAUUUCUUUUCUAUGUUUCUUUUGUAAUAUUCUGUUUUUCAUUCGUCAUUUCUGGAACAUUUUUCACAUCAUGGGCAUUAUUGAAUCAAUAUUCACGACAAUUGAUUAAGAUUAUGCGUGAAAAUUCAAAAAUGGCUAGAAACUAUUAUCGCAUAUUACGUAAAAUGGUUUCAAACAUUUUAAAUCAUUGGCUAUUAGUUAAUCCAUCUGGCCGUCUAAUUAGAUCAAUGUAUCUGGUGAAUCUGAUCGGUUACAAUUCCAUUGAAAAUAUUUACCGUUGUCAUUAUGAUCGAAAACGUUUAAAACGAAUAAUUUUCUGCAUAUUUUUCCUCCAUACUAUUUUCUCGUUUCGUUUAACAGCGACGAUUUUAUUACCAUUUGAUUUUAUCGUUACAACAAUAAUACCAUUAAUUGGUUCCGAACCAAAUUAUCGUAUAUAUUCAUUAGCGAUACUUGUUCUUAUCGUUAGUUUUCUAAUAAUGUUCAUGGACUAUAUGAAAAUCUUUACAAAUAAACAAAAAACGGCAAUAAUGUUUAAACCGAUCAUUCGUUUUCAUUUGGAAUAUGAAAAAUUUUAUCAUCAACCUAAACAACAACGACGAAGACGGAAACAAUGUCGUAAUGAUUAUUGUUAUUUUCAAUCAUUUCGUGGUCAUUGUAUGAUACUCAACGCAUCAUUAACAUUGUAUCAAUUGUCAAUAAUUUUGUUUCCAUCAGUUUUGGUUACGGAUUCUAUAUUAAACAUUACAUUUUAUUAUAUGAAAAUUGUUCAUACUAUCACCUUCGGUUUCAUAAUCAAAAUGUUUCUAUGGGAAUCAUUUCAAAACAUUUCGUCUAUUCAGAUUGAUUCAUUCUGUACUAUUGUAUCACAAUAUCAUAUCCAUAUGAUUGUAUGGUGGAAAUUACGAUAUCGCCGUCUUUAUAGACAAUUCAUAAUGAAACGAAUGGAUUAUUAUCGAAUAUUUCGUAAUUAUAGCCAUAUUGUCUUCAUACGUGAUUCAUUCAUCUUUCAUCGACAAUUAACAUCGAUUAAUCAAGAAAUUAUACAAGUUUCGCUGCAAUUAUCAAAGAUUUUCCAUAUAUUUUAUUCAUUUACUACAAUUAUGUUGAAUUUAUUAUUUUAUCUAUUAAUCGAUUGCCGAAUGGAUUCAUUUCUUUUCUAUGUUUCUUUAGGAAUAUUCUGUUUUGCAAUCGUCCUUUCUGGAAUAUUUUACACAUCAUGGGCAUUAUUGAAUCAAUAUUCACGACAAUUGAUUAAGAUUGUUCGAUUUUAUCUUUACAAUAAUUGGAUAAAAUUUAAUCAUCAUCAUCGCAAUGCUUUGUUUCAAUUUAAAAUGAUUGAAUUACAUGAUCAAUUGAAUGAUAAUCGGAUCGGUUUUCGUUGCGGCAAUUUAUUCACGUUUACACAUAACACGAAUUUCCGUUUUUUGAUUAAAUUCAUAUUCAAUGUAUUUAUCUUUAUGAAUCUAUUUCAAAAUUAUAUUAGAUUUACUCGAUCUUGAGAAAUGAAAAACGAGAAUUA